AUGGAAAUUCCUCCCCCUAGAUUCAACUUCAAAGUAAUUUUCUUCAUCAUCAUUUCUCUCUCCUUUGGUUUCAUUUCAUUCUUCCUGUGUAUAACUGCUGAGAUAAAACGAAGUAAGGAGGAGGAUCUUAGAUGGAAUGGAAAAUUAUGUCAUAUGCCAACAAGUAAAGCAUUUGGAUUGAGUAUUGCAACAUUGGUUCUUUAUUUUAUAUCUUGCAGGGUUAGCUUUGGAAUUGUAGUUAUAUUAUUGAUUGCUGCAACAAGUAUGAGUAGAAAGCAAUUCUAUGGGAAAGGAUGGUUGAAUGGUGAGUGCUACAUAGUCAAAGGAGGAACAUAUUCUGGCUCAGCUAUAUUGAUUCUUGUUACAAUUGGUUCUCUAAAUGGUUCAGCUUUCUCAAUAUUAAAAUCUAGCCAACCAUAUCAAGAAUGGAAAAUACACACACAAAGUGGUUUACAUUAA